GAUAGACCCAGCAGAGCCACGGAGCACAGAGCGGGAGGAAAAUGUUCACUGCAGCCUGCCAUUAAUUCGCUCAUUUUGUUGCUGUUUGGUGACAAAGUGUAAAGUAUUUUCCAUGCUGCCCGUAUGGAAAACCAUUUUUGGGUCCAGCGAAUCCAGACGCAAGGAGAGGCUCACCUAAAGACCGUUGAACACAGAUUGCUCGGUUCAAGUUUCAUCUGUGUGGAGUAGAAAAUACUCCCCUGUCAGCGUGGACCAAUGAUGGCUCUAAUGGUUCACCUGAAGACGGUCGCUCAUCUUCGGGGAAAAGGUGACCGGAUCGCCAAAGUUACAUUCAGAGGUCUGUCCUUCUACAGCCAUGUGGCAGAGAACUGUGAGGAGGCGGCCCACUUUAAUGAGACAUUUCGAUGGCCCAUUGCCAGCAGGCUGGAUGGCAACGAGAUGCUGGAGAUCCAAGUGUACAAUUACAGCAAGGUCUUCUCCAACAGACUGGUGGGGACUUUCUGCAUGGUACUUCAGAAGGUGGCUGAAGAGGGACACCUAGAGCUGACCGACACACUCAUUGAUGAUAACAACACGUCAAUAAAGACCAGUGUUACCAUAGAGAUAAGAUACCAGCCGAUGGACGGCACAGUGGGAGCGUGGAGCGAUGGGGAGUUCCUGGAUGUUCCUGAUGACCGUGACGGGAUGUUUGCCUUUGAAACUGACAGCUUGCUUUCUGGACAAAGCCACGGGUCUGGGACGUCCCCUGGACGGUCCUUACAGGGAUCUAUACCGACCUUCAGAAAAGCAGGGAAAGGAGUGUUCUCAGCCAUGAAGCUCGGCAAGAUCAAGAGCUCUAAAGAAGAUCACAAGAAAGGAGAUGAGCCGGCUGUCCUGGACAUGGAGGACCUGGACAGGAAGGCGAUGCGUCUUGCUGGGACACUGGACCCAGACACCAUCUCUCUGGCCUCUGUCACGGCCGUCACCACCAACGUGUCAAAUAAGAGGUCAAAGCCAGACAUCAAGAUGGAACCGAGCUCUGGACGACCAGUCGAUUAUCAGAUCAGCAUCACAGUGAUCGAGGCUCGGCAGCUGAUAGGGCUCAACAUGGACCCUGUGGUGUGUGUGGAGAUUGGAGAUGACAAGAAGUACACAUCAAUGAAGGAGUCCACCAACUGCCCGUACUACAACGAGUAUUUCGUCUUUGACUUCCAUGUCCCUCCGCACGUUAUGUUUGACAAGAUCAUCAAGCUCUCAGUGAUUCACUCUAAAAACCUUCUUCGGAGUGGGACGUUGGUGGGAACCUUCAAGAUGGAUGUUGGGACUGUUUACUCUCAGCCUGAACACCAGUUCUACCACAAGUGGGCCAUCCUGUCUGAUCCUGACGAUAUCACGGCUGGAUGCAAAGGAUAUAUAAAGUGUGACAUUGCUGUGGUCGGAAAGGGUGACAACAUCAAGACUCCACACAAGGCCAACGAGACUGAUGAAGACGACAUAGAGGGGAACCUUCUGCUCCCAGAGGGCAUCCCAGCAGAGAGGCAGUGGGCAAGGUUUUAUGUGAAGAUCUACCGCGCCGAGGGACUUCCUAAAAUGAACACCAGCAUCAUGGCUAAUGUGAAAAAGGCCUUCAUAGGAGAGAACAGAGACCUGGUGGACCCCUACGUUCAAGUGCAGUUUGCUGGGCAGAAAGGGAAAACGUCAGUCCAGAAGAGCAGUUAUGAGCCAAUCUGGAACGAGCAGGUCAUCUUCACUGAACUGUUCCCCCCACUCUGCAAACGCCUGAAGGUCCAGAUACGUGACUCGGAUAAGGUCAACGACGUUGCCAUAGGAACCCACUUUAUUGACCUACGCAAGAUAUCGAAUGACGGUGACAAAGGGUUCCUGCCCACCCUGGGCCCAGCCUGGGUCAACAUGUACGGCUCCACCCGUCAGUACACUCUGAUGGACGAGCACCAGGACCUGAAUGACGGACUGGGAGAAGGCGUGUCCUUCAGAGCCCGUCUCCUGCUCUCCAUUGCUGUGGAGGUCUUGGACACAACCUCGCCUGAGAUCAUCAGCUCCACUGAGGUUCAGAUGGAGACCGUCUCCAACAUCUCAGAGAGCGCCACAGGGAAAAUAGAAGAGUUCUUCCUCUUUGGUUCCUUCCUGGAGGCCACCAUGAUCGACAGGAAGAUCGGUGACAAAACAAUAAGUUUUGAAAUCACGAUAGGUAACUAUGGCAACCAGAUAGAUGGCGUAAGCAAGCCCUCAUCAGCGAAGAAGAAGAAGAAAGAUGGGGAGAAUGAAGAGGAGGAGAGCGAGCUCAUCCAGAACUCCAGUGAGGACGAGGCGGACGAGGACGGGGACCUGGUCUCGGUGUCCUCCACUCCACUCAUGAAGCCUGUCAUCACUGACAGAAACUACUUCCAUCUUCCCUACUUUGAAAAGAAGCCAUGUGUCUACAUCAAGAGCUGGUGGCAGGACCAGAGAAGACGACUCUACAACUCCAAUAUGAUGGAUAAGAUUGCCGACAAGCUGGAGGAGGGUUUGAAUGAUGUUCAGGAGGUCAUUAAAACAGAGAAGGCCUUUCCAGAGCGCAGACUCAGGGGAGUGCUGGAAGAGCUCAGCGUUGGCUGCAGUCGGUUCGUGACUCUCGCUAACAAGGAUGUGAACCAGGCCGGCAGAACCAAACUGGAUCGAGAACGGCUUAAGUCCUGCAUGAGAGAGAUGGACAGCAUGGGCCAGCAGGCCAAGCAGAUUCGGACUCAGGUGAAGAAGAACACUUUCAGAGACAAACUCAAGCUAGCGCAGAACUUCUUGCAGAGGCUUCGUUUCCUCGCUGACGAGCCACAACACAGCAUCCCAGAUGUCUUCGUCUGGAUGAUGAGCAACAACAAGCGCGUCGCUUAUGCCCGGAUUCCCUCCAAAGACAUCCUGUACUCCAUAGUGGAUGAGGAAACUGGUAAAGACUGUGGUAAAGUCAAAGCUGUCUUCCUCAAGCUGCCCGGUAAGAAGGGCUUCGGUCCUGCAGGCUGGACCGUUCAGGCUAAGCUGGAGCUGUAUCUAUGGCUGGGCCUCAACAAGCAGAGAAAGGACUUCCUCAGUGGUCUGCCUAAUGGUUUUGAAGAGAUUAAAGCUGCUAAAAUGAGCCCCUGUCUUCACUCUGUGCCCCCUGUCAGCCUCAUCUACAACAUGAAGCAGGUGUUUCAGCUGAGAGCACACAUGUACCAGGCCCGCAGUCUGUUUGCUGCCGACAGCAGUGGCCUUUCAGAUCCUUUCGCUCGGGUCUUCUUCUCCACACACAGCCAGGUUACCGAGGUCCUGAGCGAGACUCUGUGCCCUACGUGGGACCAGCUGCUGGUGUUUGACGAUGUGGAGCUGUUCGGGGAGGCCAGCGAGCUGAGAGACGACCCACCAAUCAUUGUAGUUGAAAUCUUCGACCAGGACACUGUGGGCAAGGCAGAGUUCAUAGGUCGGACGUUUGCGAAGCCCACCAUCAAGAUGUGUGACGAGCACUACGGCCCACCGAGGUUCCCACCACAGCUGGAAUACUACCAGAUUUACAGAGGGAACUGCACCGCUGGGGAGCUGCUGGCUGCCUUUGAACUGCUGCAGAUUCCUUUCGAUGCGGAGGAGAUCAGGCGAGCUCUGAUCGCUGUCCAUAACUUUGCUGUUCCUCAAAUAAAGAUUGGUCAAGGAGGCAGGGCUGAUCUUCCUCCCCUCGAAGGGCCAACAGACUCUGAGCGUGGGCCCAUUCUUCCUGUGCCGUUGGGCAUCCGGCCCAUCCUGAGCCGCUACCGCAUUGAGGUUUUGUUCUGGGGUUUAAGGGACCUGAAGAGGAUUAACUUAGCUCAGGUGGACCGGCCACGUGUGGAUAUAGAGUGUGCAGGUAGAGGUGUUCAAUCUGCCCUCAUCCAGAACUACAAGAAAAACCCCAACUUCAGCACCCUGGUCAAAUGGUUUGAGGUGGACCUUCCAGAAAAUGAGCUCUUGCACCCUCCUCUCAACAUCCGGGUGGUGGAUUGCAGAGCGUUCGGCCGCUACAUCCUGGUGGGUUCCCACGCUGUCACCAGCCUGAGACGUUUCAUCUACAGCGCCCCAGACAAGACCUCCAACAACUGGGCCACUGCAGCUAAGCUAAUGAACGGCUACAUGGUCCUUACCAAUGGCGGCUCCCAGCCUCGCUCCUCACCCAGCCUUUCCUCCCGCACCCUCUCUCGCCCUGCAGGUGACAUCAUCGUCAACAUGGACACGGAGUCUCUGGUCCGAAAGAUGGACACAGUUGUCAAGUUAGACGCCAUGUCUGAUGCUGUUGUAAAAGUUGACAUGACCGAGGAGGAGGGUGACAAAGAGAAAAAGAAGAAGAAGAAGAAAAAGAAGGGAGGAGUCGAAGAAGAGGAGGAGACGGACGAGAGUGUGCUGGACUGGUGGUCCAAAUAUUUUGCUUCAAUAGAGACACUGAAGGAGACCCUCAGAGCCCAGGAGGCGGCACAGGCAGAGGCGGAGGAGAGAGAGGACCUGGAGAUAGCAGCAGAGUCGGCAGAUAUCAAACCCGAUGACCUUCUUCCGAAAGGCACCAAGACAAAAGAAAAGAGCAGAGAGAAGAAGAGCUCCAAGGACAAGAAGAAGAAUCAGGCUGCAGACGGGACUGAGAAACGACCGGUUAAAGCAAAAGUGGACGAGCUGAUGGUGUACAACAAGGAGCUAGAGACUGAGUAUGGUAACUUUGAAGACUGGCUUCACACCUUCAACCUGUACAGAGGGAAAGCUGGGGACGACGACGAACAUGCUCUGGAUGACGACAGGAUUGUUGGCAGAUUCAAGGGCUCCCUAUGUAUGUACAAGCUACCUCUGUCUGAGGAGAUCACCAGAGAGGCAGGAUUUGAUCCUAACAUGGGCAUGUUCCAGAGCAUUCCUCAUAACGAUCCAAUCAACGUCCUUGUCCGUGUCUAUGUGGUCAGGGCUACAGAUCUUCAUCCUGCUGAUAUCAAUGGGAAGGCUGAUCCGUACGUGGUCAUCAAGCUGGGCAAAUCAGAGGUCAAAGACAAAGAGAACUACAUCUCCAAACAGCUCAAUCCUGUAUUUGGCAAAUCAUUUGACAUUGAGGCCACGUUCCCCAUGGAAUCCAUGCUAACAGUGUCAGUGUACGACUGGGACUUGGUCGGCACUGACGACCUGAUCGGAGAGACAAAGAUUGACCUGGAGAAUCGUUUCUACAGCAAAUACAGAGCCACCUGUGGCAUCUCAUCCAACUACUCUGUCCAUGGAUACAAUGUUUGGCGGGACCCUAUGAAGCCCAGCCAGAUCCUGGCUAAGCUCUGUAAGGACGGCAAGAUCGAUGCACCUCAUUAUGGGCCUGGCGGCAAAGUCAAGGUAGCGAGUCGAAUCUUCCAGGGACAGACAGAGAUUGAAGAUGAGAAUGGUUUGAAGAAGCAGACCGAGGAGCAUCUGGCUCUGACAGUGCUGAACCACUGGGAGGAGAUCCCGAGAUUGGGAUGCAAGCUCGUCCCUGAGCACGUGGAGACCAGACCCCUGCUGAACCCCGACAAGCCCGGCAUCGAACAGGGCCGUAUUGAGAUGUGGGUGGACAUGUUUCCUAUGGACAUGCCUGCUCCUGGACCUGCGAUUGACAUAUCACCACGGAAACCAAAGAGCUUUGAGCUUCGUGUUGUUAUUUGGAACACUGAUGACGUAAUUCUAGAGGACGAUGCUUUCAUGACAGGAGAGAAGAUGUCUGACAUCUAUGUCAGGGGGUGGCUGAAAGGGCAGCAGGAGGACAAGCAGGACACAGAUGUGCACUAUCACUCCCUGACCGGUGAGGGCAACUUCAACUGGCGCUUCGUCUUCCCCUUCGAUUACCUCAUGGCCGAGGAGAAGAUCGUCAUCUCUAAGAAAGAGUCCAUGUUUUCCUGGGAUGAGACCGAAUACAAGAUCCCUCCUCGCCUCACACUGCAGGUCUGGGACGCCGACCACUUCUCUGCUGAUGACUUCCUGGGUGCGAUUGAGCUGGACCUGAACCGGUUCCCCCGUGGCGCCAAGACGGCCAAGCAGUGCUCCCUCGACAUGAUCCGAAAUGAGCAGGAGCUUCCCACCAUUUCCAUCUUCAAACAAAAGAGAGUGAAAGGCUGGUGGCCGUUUGUUGCCCGUGAUGAGAACGAUGAGAUGGAGCUCACGGGUAAAGUAGAGGCUGAGCUUCACCUGGUGACAGCAGAAGAGGCAGAGAAAAGUCCUGUAGGACUCGGACGAAAUGAGCCAGAUCCACUGGAGAAACCAAACCGCCCAGACACCACCUUCCUGUGGUUCCUGAGCCCGCUGAAAGCCAUCCGCUACCUGGUGUGCAACCGCUACAAGUGGCUGAUCAUCAAGAUCGUGCUGGCCCUGCUGCUACUCAUCAUGCUGGGCCUCUUCCUCUACAGCAUGCCAGGCUACCUUGUCAAGAAACUGCUGGGGGCUUGAAAGGCUGCUGGCAAGACAGGAAGGGGCGGGGUGAGGGUGGGGGGGUGGGAGGUGGUUAAGCGGAUGGGUGGGUGAAAGGAGGGAGACGCAGAGGGAGAACGUCAUGUCUCCCUCAGUCUCAGAAAAAAGGCGCUUUCGGGAGUCCGAGUGCAUUAUUUCUCCUCUCUAAUCCAUUCUGAUCUUCCUGUACAGAUCGCCACCUUUCCACCUUAGCUCUGAGGGGAAAGGCGAACACCACCCGAAAUACCCCUUCCCUCCCGCCGCCCCCCCCCCCCCCCCCCCCCCACACACACACACACACACACACACAGUCAUGAGAAACACUAAUCCUCAAUCCGAUCUGCAGCAAGACUAACUGAUCCACUGCUCACUAUCUACACUCCAUCCUUGAACUGAGUGAACAGCAAUCACACGCCACAACGUAACCCCCUAAUCUUCUCCUCAAGCAACGUCACGACAAUGAAUGUUUCUUUAUCGGUUUAUACUGCUUGUAACUUAUUUAUUCAUUUAUUUUAUUAUUUAUUAUCAGAGUGUUGGGUUGGUGGUCAGACGAUUGCAUGGACAUUCAUUUCAAGUGAUGCUGUAAGAUCUCCCAUUAGUGCUACAACAUCUGCUAUUGAUUUAGGUUAAUAGGGAACAAAUGAACAAUAUUUUUCGUAACACUUGGCUUCAACCCCCACCCCCCCAUGUUUAGCAUUUAUAAACGCUAUAUAAACAUUUAAUAAAUGGUUUACUGUACAACACGCUGUAAUGUAGUUGUAAGCACAUAUAAGGACAUUUCAAAUGUUUAAGAAUGUACAGUAUUUGUCAACAAUUAAACUUUUCCUGUGAAGACAUAUUUUACCUUUUUUAUUAUAUUGUCCUUCAUUCACAUCUGUUUAUACACCAGCUUCCACUUAUGUGUGCCCACGAACACUUAAAUCUGCCUACAACUACAUUACAGUGUGUCAUAAACUAUUACAUGUUUAAAUGCUGCUUAUAAAGGAUAAAUAUGGGAGGUCAAAGCAAAGUGUUACCAUUUAUUUUUUAAUUAUUAUAGCACUUGCGGUCUUUGCACACUUGAAGAAUAUAAUGAAGAAACACAAAAUAAAGAUGUCUAUUUUCCUAAUGAAAUUCAAUGAGACAUGAACAAGAUGACUUCAAAAUUAAACAAAUAAUAAAACCAUGAAUAAGCUCUCUACAGGGUUUAGUUAAACUGUCAUGUUUAAUCUUUUCCAUCAAAGCAACCAAGCCAGACAUGGAUCAAACUGUAUUUGCAAGUAAUUUGAAAAAAAAACAACAACAUACUUUUAUCCCAUUUUUCUUUAAAUAUAUAUAAUUACCUUAUAAAGCACAGUUCAGCCUGUUCUCUCAGAAUACCCUCUGCUUAGUCUGUAAAUUCUCUUAAUGUCACUGUCUUGUGUCAAUAAAAUCCUCACAGGAGAAUGAAACAAAUUAUUUGCAAAUAUCAUUUGACUGAUUGAAAUGUCCUCAAAUGCAACAAAUACUUAGCAGUUAUUACUGUUUUCUACCUGAAUGUAGAAUUAUAUGUCAAUAUGCAUGCGUCAUUGUGAUAACUGACCACAGAGGUCAUGUGUGUUGGCAUGACUUGUCUUUCCAGCUCGACACAAACCAAAUCACCAACUCAACUGUCUAACAUUACAGAUUAUGGGAAGAUGGAAGUACAAUUAAAGUGCACUUGAGCGGAGUAGUAAAAUGGGUCCGCGUUGAUUCUGAAAACUCUGGCCCUGUCUCCAUAUCAGAUGGCGUCGUUUGCAGUGUCCAUUAUCCCCUUUUCAAAUUUUGCCUGUGCUUGACCUCAUUUGUGUUGCAGUCUUUGUGAUUCUGAUUUUCACAGAUUACAGUUAUUGUUUGCACUAAACUUGCCUGUUUUUACGAUGAAUUUGUGUAUUUAUAUAUCUGUUGAAAUGUGUGGGAUACUUAUUUUUUUUCUGUUUUGGCAAUUUGAAAUAAACUGAAUUCCAUGCA